GUACAGUCCUCCCUAUUUAUCACCUCUCUCUCUCUCUCUCAACAUUCUGAAAGUUGAAACAGAAGACAAAAAGAGAACAAACCCAGCUCACCACUUCAUUCCCGCCGCCGGCCGUCCCCUGUCGCCGGAUAUUUUCUGCUCGAUUCCAAUCACGCACACUCUAAAUUGCCUUGUGGCAUAAAUUUCCACCCAAAACAGUUAGAUGAUUGGCUGCAAAGUUUUGUUGACUUACAAGCGGAAGAGGCAGAAGGUUUUGGGUGGAGAAGGGAUUGCUGAUUCAUCAACCAGAUUCCCAGAAUCUCCCCCCGUUUCGUCACCAGAAAAUCAAGAAACAACCGACGAAUGCCGCGUGCCCGGUGACGAGCGAAAAGAAUCCGGGGGUUGUCUCCAAGAAAGCUGCUCCCUUCAAAUAUAUGAUCAAGGAGGGUCUAAGGAAAGGAGGUUUGACUCCCCUUUGCUUACAUUUCAUCGAAGAGCCAAACGGAACAAGCAUGUAAAUGAAUCCGAAGCGAAGUCUGGCAACAAUGGCUGUGAAGAUGCUUUGACUGUUCUAAAGCAUGAAGAAGAGACUAUGAGUAAUGAUGGUGAUCGUUCGUGCGUUUCUGAAGGAUCAGACCCUCAGAUGAAAACGCAUCAUGAAGUUAACAAACAGCAUGAUACAGUUGAUGAUACUUCACCACUUAAUGAAGUUACUGGUUUGCAUAAAAGCGCUGAUGUAGAUGUUCCAAAACACAACUCAGUCAAUUCAAUGAUGCCCAAGCAGCUUAUUAUAGAUCUGAAUAUCUCAGAAUUUCCCGAUGAGAGUGCGAGUAACAAAGACUCACUAGCUUUGAACCUAUCCGUGCAAUCGUAUGAAUCUGCUGAUAUAGUGGGCUGUGAUAAGAAAUUGGUAUGUGAUUCGGUGGGUGACAUACCCAUUUGUAGUACACCAGAAACAGAAGGGAAUUGUUGCAAGGGCUCUGUAUUGAAGAAUUGCCCAUUGCAGAUCUCCUCAGAGGACAUGACCUAUGAUUUUUUCCCCCUAUCAAGCUCGCCGAAAAAGACGGUCAGAAAGGCCGAGGAUUCUAAUGGCAUAGACUCUCACCAACAACAACAAAGCAGGUCCCCCCCACGAAAUGUGGGGUCUAGCCCCUCACUUUUGCUCGGUCCUAUAGAGCCACCAAUGGUUGAUAGACCUGCACUCAAACCUGCUUAUCUUUUGAACUCAUCUCAGCCGUUGAGAGAGUUUAGGGUAAGUGCGGCCCCUCCCCACCCACCCUCAGAUCAUGCCGCUUUACUGUUCCGACACCAGAUGAUACUUGACAACAUAGUCAGCAGCAGAGCAACAUCAAGGAAAGGAAACAGGAACAGAGUUCCAACAACGUGGUCUGAGAAGGAGCUGGAUUCUCUUUGGGUCGGGGUGAGAAGACAUGGGAGAGGCAAAUGGGAUGCCAUGCUGAGGGACCCACGACUCCGGUUCUCUUCUUGGAGGUCCCCCAGAGACCUAUCUGAGCAAUGGCAAGAGGAACAAUGGAAGCUCGUGCGUGGGGGCCCCACUUCCCAAGCAAGACAUCCGAGGAAACCAGCCUUGUACCAUCCAACUGAUUUUCAUCUUUCACUCGGUACAAACAUUGGAACCUCCUUAUGUCCCAAGCAUCACAUGUUUGACCAUUCUGAUGUGGCAGUGAGCGGCGGUUUGCCUCUCUGGAUUAAGGAAGCGGUAUCCAGACCUAUUAGGCCUCUGCAAGGACUAAAACGCCCUUAUGAUUUUCCCACCGAUCAAAAGGAUGAGUUUGUCAUCAUCAAUGGCGACCGUGACUCUUCAGAGGGAACAGUAUCUGAGGAUCCUCAUAAAUGACAUCCAGUCUUGCUGUAAUUAGCAGCCAUUGUAAAGCUUUAAACAUGUCAAAUGUGGAAGCUGUAAAAAGUUAAGCCCCCUCCGUGAAGAAGUGGCAACUCUUCAAAAGCGUCUGUUUACCAUGUUUGUAAGCUUUCAUUGUAGCCUUCGCUUCAUUGUUGUUAAAAUAUGAACGGUUAGGAACCUGCUAUUUAUCUUUUUACCGAUUUCUUUUUCACCCAUUGUGUUAGCUGGUCUUUCUGGAAGGAAGUUAAUUAAUGUAGGUGAAUAAAGGUAACUAAAGGUAGUUAGUUUGAGCUAGAUCUGAGGUAAAAAAUAUUAGGAUGUAAC